AGUUGUAGUUAUAUUCAUUGCUCUGUGUGUGAUGUUAAUACUGGCGUUGAUGACUAUUUAGUAAUGUGCGUACAUUUUUCUUUCAAAACUUCUCCGAAUAUUUACUUGAAACGCCAAUUCGCAGAGAAUAAUAUGUAUUGGAAUAUCGCAUCAUUUUGUAAUUAAAACGUUAUAUUCGUUCUAACUUAAAUACAAUUCGGACGCUCAACUAUACAUUUUCGGAGGUGAUUUCUUAGAGAGUAGAAAGAAAAAAGUUUACUUAGCGGAGUCUCAACGAAAUAAACUAAAAAAACCUGCAAGUGUCCUAACUCACAGUAAAUCUUAGUGUGAAUUAACAGAGUAUGCGAUGGAAUAGACAACAAGAGCAAUCGUCAAAACGAAUUGAUAAGCAUUAAACAUUUGUAUGGUAUAUGUAUAAAGUGAAAAACGUGUUCGCUUUCGGAUAUCUCAUUGGUUUUUAGUGUACUCAAGCUUUCCAAAAGACGCGUUCGUUAUUGCUCUUGCUCUCUAAAUUCGUUCAGUGUUUGUGUACGAUUUGAGUAUUGGAUAAGAAAACGCGGCGCAGACUAGCUUGGAGUGAGCUUUUUCGUAGCGUAUGCUCCCAUCGAUGAUAUAAGCAGAGAGUCAACAUCGCGUCGCUGACGUUGGAUGUCCGUCCAUAGCUAUUUUAAAGUACCACACAACUGCCAAUGAAAUGAGUAACGAAUCAGCUGCUAUUGAGGCAACACCGCUGCGUCGGCCGGAAAGACAAAAUAGUGCAGACGUGUCGUCGUCUUCUUUGUUGUUGGUAAAAUUGCGUGACGUGGAAAACAGCUAUCAAAAUCCGAAUCACAAUUGCAACGAUAUUGCUGGCAUUAAUUGCAGCUGCAACAACGGCUAUCACAGCAACACUAUUGUUACCCCAUCAACCACAGUGGCAAUCGCAAAUUUAAAUAACAACAACGUUGAAGUACGCCUAGGCGCUGGGUUCACGUGGGAAUCAUCGAACGAGCACACUUCGAAAAUAAUCAAAAUGGAUCACAACAAACGCGUUUUAUAUCGUGUGGCAUUGGAUGUGUUCAUACUGCUCUGCGUGGGCUUUCCGAUCUUAUGCUUUUAUUUGUGGGGCACUGCAUAUCAGCGUGGAUUCUUUUGCGACGACGAAUCGCUGAAACAUCCUUUCAAAACUUCAACAAUUCGGAAUUGGAUGCUGUAUUUUAUAGGACUGGUCCUGCCAAUUGGAUUGAUUCUUAUAGUUGAAAUUGUGAAGGCGAAUAAUGCCAAGGCUUCAACGGAGGAUAUAAUUACACAACGUCGGUAUGUCUUCAUGGACUACGAAAUUCCUGUUUGGAUGGUGCAAUGCUACAAAAGUAUUGGAGUCUUCGGAUUCGGAGCAGCUGUUUGUCAGCUAAUGACUGACAUUGCUAAAUACUCUAUAGGGCGACUGAGACCACACUUUUUUGCUGUCUGCCAGCCUAUCAUAUCCGACGGCACCACUUGUGAUGAUGCUAUCAACGUGGGAAGGUAUAUUGAAGAUUUCACCUGCAGAGGUGACGAUUCCUCGAAGCGCAUGCUAAAAGAAGUACGUCUCUCUUUCCCCAGUGGGCAUUCAAGCUUUACAUUCUACACAAUGGUUUAUACCGCGUUAUACCUACAAUCGCGCAUGAACUGGCAUGGAUCGAAGCUGUUGCGACACUUUCUGCAAUUCCUUUUCAUUAUGAUCGCGUGGUACACGGCCUUGAGUAGGGUAUCCGAUUACAAACACCAUUGGUCUGAUGUGCUGGCUGGUUCUACAAUAGGGGCUCUCACUGCCGUCAUUGUGGCGAAAUACGUGUCCGAUUUGUUUCAGCGAAGAUCCUCUCAACAAUAUCUGCUACCUCGUACAUCUCAAGACGCACAACCGCAGACGGUAGCCAAUAACGGGCUGUAAUUUUCGGCUGUGAAUAAAACAGUAUUUCGCCUUUUAUCCACAAACGUGUUUUAAACGAUUUAACAUUAUUACUAAAAUUAUGUGUGUAUGUCUUGAUAUGCAAGUGAUGAUAGCGCCAAUUCAUUCUAAAGCCUUUGUACUAUUUAUGUUAUCUAAUACGUAAUAAUUAAGAGCAGCAAUAAAUUUAAGUGUAUAUGUAUGUGAACAUAUGGUAAAUAGAUGUAAGGACAUAAUAAGUUGAAUAUACAUAUACGUGCUAACCUGCAUACAUAUAAGUUAUGUAACGAUGCUGCAAUAACGUACACGAGUCCCGAAUUUUGGAACAAGGAUCGAAGGAUCUACUCGAGUGAUGAAUGAGUUAAUGUGUGUCUUAAAUGAAUUUUACAGUAGCGAUCAGCUGAUAACAAUCAUUAGUGUUCAAUACGCAAUAACAAUAGUAAUUGCCUUAUAAGAAAAAAAAAAACAUAAAAUUCAAAAGAAAAUACUGUGAAAGAAAAAAGUACAUAUGUAUAUAUGGGAUACUAUAUGUACAUAUGAAGCAAUAAUUAAUGAAUGGGCAAUCGUAGCUUAAAGCUUUCGUUUCACAUUCGCUGUUGAAGUACAAAAGUAAGCGUCGUUAGAAUUUCGGUAUUUUAUUUAACAAUUAGAAAUAAUAAAAUAUAAGUAUUAAUAUAGUAUUAGAGAUUUCAA